UAGAUCGGAAAAUUCUUUGGGGAGAUUGACCCAGGCCUCAUGCGAAAUCUCAUUAAUAUGUCCUUGUAUGCCUUCAACAAGUCUUACGACUAUCAGUCGGUGUGCGAUCCAGAAGAUGAACCGAAACAAGGAGCAGGACUUCGCUCCGUCAAUGUGCCUACCAUAGCAGAUAUUUUACAUCUUGGAUGGUGGGCAUCUGCAGCUGCCUGGUCUAUUUUGCAGCAGCUGGUCUGGGGGCUGACCUUCCCACGUUUCCUUGGGGCAGCGGAAGUGGAAGAAGAUGAUUUCAGCGGCUUCCCAUCCAAGCAGAGUUGUAUCACGGUACAAACGCAAUAUUUCUUUGGGUCUGACGAUAAAUCCUUCAAUGGCAUUCUGGACUGUAUCAACUGUUCUAGGCUUUUUCACGCAGAGAAGAUUUCCAACACCAAUUUGGUUUUCAUCAUGAGUGACAGUAAAGAGUUGUGUCAUCAUUGUGACACGAGGCCCCUGAUGCAAGCAGAGAAACCUGGUAUCCUUUUCCGCUUGACUUGAGACUGGAUUUCUAUUUUG